AUGCCUCCUCCAUCUAUAGGAGCAGAAGUCCCAAUAGGGUCCGGAAGUAUACCGUUGGGUGGGAUUAUUGGUAUUGCCAUUGGCGGUGCUAUCGCAUUGACUGUGCUUGGGGUUAUAGCAGUCAAAUAUGUAAAACGAAAUCAUCGAAAUGCAAUCAAACUUCGCGGGGAUAAAGUUCAAGACGACAAAAAUACGAGUUCAGCUGGGCAAGCAAAUCUAUCGCCGUAUUCACUUCCUCUGUUUGCAACUCCUUACCAUUACCUUCCGCCCAGGAACGUCCCCGGUCGGCGCGGUACGGCGAAGAAUACAAGCUUUGUUGACGACGAUGACGAUGAGGAGGAUGAAAAUGUUGUCAGACCGGGUACGAAGAGAUCAUCCGGGCCAAAGCACCUCUUCCAAAGGCAUAGAUCUAGUAUCAGAGAUUCAUGGCCAUUGGCAUCCAGGAUUCAGACACCCGCAACUUCGCUCCCCCAUGCUCAAUCAGAGAAAAACAUACGAAUCAAUUGUGUCGCCCCACCAGGCUAUGUUCUUUCGGAGCCACAGCGUCCAAAAAGGACGUUUUCGAGGAAGUCUCAUGUCAAAAAUUCCGAUUCUGUCGAGGAUAUCACAAUAGUAAAUGGGGAGCCUCGAGUACCCCGUGGUAGGACUCGAUCCAACUCAGAAAACCAGUUAUCAUCAAUUCUGAAAUCAACAUCUCAACGUCUCAGGGACACCCACAGACAAUCUGUGAGGAGAAGUUGGAGCAAUCUAGGAAGAUUUCCAGGAUCACCCCCCAAACAAAGACUACCUAGUCCACCGUUGAACAAAGCCACAGAAAGCAGAGAAGUUCUUCUUGCACCCGAAUGCUCUACAUCAGACAUUGGUUCUUAUAAAGAGAUGCAAUCACCACGAACUCCAAGUCCUGGAAAGAGAGUUCCACGAGCGGCUGGUAGAGCAUUUAAAAAUCGAGGACGAUCACCGACACCAUCUGGAGAUUCAGAUGACAGCCUUUGUGGCAUCGAUACACCUGAUCUUGUUAUUCCGGCGCAGCUCACGUCGCCAAGCAAAAGUGGACGAAGAUUUGAACAGCGCCAUCAAAUGAAUCUUUCUCCUACCAAGGGCUCUAAUGGAGAAGUCAAGACAAACCGAGUCUCUAAAACAUCACUCACAAAUGAUCCGUUCUUCUCCUCGGUUAAGAGGUCGAAAGUUAUCCCUUCUACUACAAUUUAUGAGCCACAACCCCGUUCUAUGAGAAAGGCUACUUUCGGGCAGGAAGAGAUACGAGAGCAAGCAAUGAAUCAUGGUGACCUGCCAUUGAAGGAUAUUUCAGGAAAUCAAAAAGGUCCACUGGUCAAGGAACCUCGAUCCACUCCAACGUCGACUGAGCUCAACCCGUUCCAGUGGUCACCGAAAGAAGCUAUGCAAACUCGACCCAUUAUAGCAAGCCCCAAUAAGAUCUUAUCGAAGAGAAAGGGACAUAAACGUUCGAAUGUGAUACGAAUGUCUGGUUUAUCUAGACCAACCAGUGUUAGUGUGGUUCAUGAAGAGUCGGAAGGGGACUCUCCCGGGAUGACAAUGAUGAUAUCUCGACCAACUCUCCGUGUAGUUGAGCCAAGUCCUUCAUGUGCCUCACUCGCCAGCCGACGGUCCAGUGCUAUGCCUCGACCCCCGUCAGCUUCUACCUUCAAUCCCAGCAUCUCUAUACCCUCUUUGAAGCCAGGCUCACGACAUGUGUCAUUGAGUCGUGAAAGGUCCGCGACACCACCUCCUUUGAGGAUUAGCCCGGCUUUCAAUAUUCCACAACUCAAACCAGUAGAAAAACAUACACCCCCCGAGCGGGAAGUAUACACCCCUACCCCACCACCUUCAAAGGUCAACUCGAUUCUCAGUGCUCCUUCAUUGAAGCCAAUAGAACGAAAUAUAUCUGGGUCGUCAAAUCCCGAUGAAUAUUCCCCAACAUUAUCAGUUUGUAAUUAUUAUGCCGAGAACUUGAAUUCUGAAGUUGAGUUCUUUAAACAUGCCCGAUCAUCACUUGCUAUGAAGUCCCAAGUCCGUCGUCAUAUACAGAACAUUGAUGAAGAAGUUAUAAGCCCUGAUACCCCAACGGAUACUUUGGUUUCAUUUCCGGCACUGCCUCCGCCAGAACCGAUCAUUGAAGAAAAUAGAAUUCAUCAUCCUGAUGUUCUGGAAUCGUGGAGGACGGAAUGUCCGCCAUCACUAGCUAGCAAUCCGUCGAGUUUUUCCCGAGCACCAAAUUCGACCAUCUCAAACUCGAGAGCACCAAGCCCUAAGCGAGUGUCUUUCAAUGAAAUUCCAAAUAAUAGACCACCCAGCUCUGCACGAUUUUCUCAGUCCUCGAUUAACACCUCUAACAAUGCGUUGGUUCUCGGCCCUAGACCCUUCUCGCGCGCAAACCCACCGUCUCCAUUGACUAUUCCGUCCACAUCCUUACCCGCACCGCCAAUUCUCAGCCCACCUUUACCAAUUCCUGUUCAUCUUACCGGGCCCCGACCAGAACCUCACAAAUCUGGGUCAUUUAGCACUGCAAUGACCACUCUUGCAUCAAAUACUCCUAACUCCACUCGUGAGUCAAUUGCUACAAGCAUUGGUCUCCUACGUCGAAUGAACUCUGAGAUUUCUUGUAUCAGUGCCGGUGAUACUGACUCUUCUCCGAUGGUGCCUGGAAUUGGUCUUGACUGGAGUGAGCGACAUCGUACAAGCCGUUCAUCUCGAUUUUAUCUCUCAAUCGGCUCACCUAUCGAUGGAGCAGCCGUUCCAAGUUACCGCUCCUCUCUCAGUAUGCUCUAUCCAAAUUCUUAUUCUGCAUAUUCCAACUCGUAUUUUCCUCAAGGAAAUGAUUCAAGUACUAGCGUCAACAGUAUUGGUGAGAGGCGCCAGUCGAGGAGUGACUUGAUGAAUCCCAACUACGGAAAUCUGCAAGAGAUACUUGAGGAUAUCAAUGCGAGUCGUGAGGGAAGCAGAGGUGCAAGCACCAGAGGCAGUAGUCCAAUAGCAAUGGGGAGACAUGGAUUAAACGUCAAGGAGAAGAAAUUAUCCUUGACGAAUCUGACUAUCCUCCCUGAUGGGGGAAUUGGUUACAUGAUGGACUACGACGAUGAGGAUGAAAUUGUUAUUGAACCCUUGUCGUUAUCGAAAACCAAGACAAAUAUAGAGAAGGAAGUGAAAGUAACCAAAGAUACCAAAGAUACACGCUGGUCCGAUGCAAUGAUCAAGCCUCUCACGAAAACCACUCGUCGAGAAAGCAAGAUGGAACAUCCCAGCCCCAAAACACCACCAAAGUGGGGGUGGAGUCAAGCGGUAAAUGUAGCAAAAGAAAGGUUGAGUAGGAGUCCAACUAGGGAUAAGGAAAACGUGGUGGAUGGCGAUUGGGAUAGAGGAAGAGAUAGUCCCGAGAGUCUAGGGCUGUACGAUCAAGAUGGAUUCUUGAGAACUUCGCCAGAACGAACGACUGUAGAUGCAAAUCAGAGUGAGGAUAGUAGGGGAAGAGUAAGGCGAGCAACGGUUAAUGCGUUUGCUGGGGAUUUAAUGGAGCAGAAGAGGAGAGAGAAGUUAUCUGCGCACAUAGUUACGUCAUAA